CUCUCUCCCCCUCCCUCCCUAUCUGGCCUUUUUCUUUUUUUUGAUACAAGCGGGCCUUUUUCUAUCUGACCUUUUUCUUCGCUCACCGACUUCUUUUGUUUUGUGGGUUUUCCUCUAAUUUGCCAGCCGUUCGCCCCCCAGUCUUCAACAGCCAUUAUAUCUCUCCCAUAGUGGAAAAUGAAAGCCCACCACCUUCAGGACCCAGUUCCUAAAAUUUCUCUGUUCUGUCCAGAGAAAGAGAGUUAAAUUAUAGGAAGAGUACCCACUCCACACUUCCAAAUCAAACCCUUCUAUUUGUUUGAAAUUUGAUUGCAUGGGUUUGAGAGAACUUGGAAAGAGAUGUUUGCUAGGGAUGAAGAACUGCAGGCAGCUGCAAUCCCCAUCACGAGAAUUUUGAUGUUGCCACUCUUCCAAUGAUGCCUUUUUCAGGUGAAAGAAAACAAAACAAAAGCUUCCAUGUUCCCAUCAGCCACCAUGUCCAACUCCACCUCCAUCUCUGAAGAAGCCAGUGUUUCUUCGGAGAUGCGGGCCCAUGACUUCAGUAAAAGCUUGAGCUCUCUGUUCACACCCAUAUCCCCCCCUCACCACCAACAACAGCAACAAGAGCCACAGCCAAAGUCUAAGAAGAAGAGAAGCCAGCCUGGGAACCCAGACCCAGAUGCUGAAGUGAUUGCUUUGUCCCCAAAGACCUUAAUGGCUACCAAUAGAUUUGUGUGUGAGAUAUGUAACAAGGGUUUCCAGAGGGAUCAGAACCUUCAGCUCCACCGGAGGGGCCACAACCUACCAUGGAAGCUGAGGCAGAGAAGCAGCAAGGAGGGGGUGAGGAAGAGGGUGUAUGUGUGCCCAGAGCCAACCUGUGUCCACCAUCACCCUUCCAGGGCCCUUGGGGACCUUACAGGGAUCAAGAAGCACUACAGUAGGAAGCAUGGUGAGAAGAAGUGGAAGUGUGACAAGUGCUCCAAGAUAUAUGCUGUUCACUCGGACUGGAAGGCCCAUGUGAAGACUUGUGGGACAAGGGAGUAUAGAUGUGAUUGUGGUGCCCUCUUCUCUAGGAAGGAUAGCUUCAUCACCCAUAGAGCCUUCUGUGACGCCUUGGCAGAAGAGAAUGCAAGACUCAUGGCCGCCGACACCGAUGCCUCCACCGCCGCCGCCAUGAAUACCACCACCAUCACCCCUCCACUCCUCCACCAUCCUCUCUACCUCCCCUUCUCCUCUUGCUAUUCGCUCCCAAACCCUAACCCUAACCUUAGUCCUUAUCAACUCAAGCCUGAAGAUCCCUCUCCCUCCCUCCUCCACCCUCGUUACCUCCACCACCUCCACAACACCACCACCACCACCUCCUCCUCCUCCUCCCCUCACUUGUCAGCCACUGCCCUCCUCCAAGGAGCCUCCACCAUGGGCCUCAUAACCACCAGCUCCGCCGUCGGAGCCGCUGGGGCCGGCCAGAGGGGCAGCUCGAUGUCCGACGCGGGGGAUCCGUCCGCAUGGCAGAGGAACGACAGCCUGACGAGAGACUUCCUCGGCGCGGUGGCCGGCGAGACCGGCGAGGAGGAGCUGCUCUCCCUCACCGGAGCCCUCGGCCUGGAUCUGGUCACCGCCGCCUCCCGCGACCGCAGGGACCACUCCAAGCGCUUCGCUGGGUUCCACCCGGUCACCGAGACGUGGGGUGACCGUUAAGCUCAUUCUCGUAUGCCCCGGAGGAGGAUGUGCGACGGUGUCACUUUCUCUGUUUCCUAAAUUUUAUUCUACUUGCUCCGAAGUUGACGUUUAGGACUAAGUGAGGCUUAUUGUGAAAUACGAUAUGAAUUUUAUUAUUUGAUUUUUAUAGGGUUUUCAUUGGAUAAUUAUAUCACAAUGGCAGUACCGUAGUUUCUUA